CAAUCUAGCAAAGCAGAAGGUGUGGAGGGCGCGGAUACAGAGAGCAGCACGGAGAAUUCGGGAGACCUUCUGUGCGUCGCUGUGGGGCGGGUUUGUGUUCAGCGAGAGUGGGGAGCGCGUGCUGUGUGCAGACGAGUACCUGGGCAUGGAUGCAUGCACCAAGCUGCAGCAGUGGAUGAUGCACCCCCUGCCAUCGCCCCCCUUCCAGGCGCUAUUCCUCACAGUGAAUGCCGUGGCAUCAAGCCUGGAGAGGGUGCUAAGGGGGCAGGAAGGCAUGCACAGGAGGCUGCUGAGACGAGUCAUGGAGUGGCUGCUAUCGGGUCUGCUUACAGAGAGUACAAUGUGGGAAGACAUUCAAGCUGCAAACCCUCCCCUUGGGCCGAUAGGCCUGCACCAGCUCGUGUUUGACAUGUAUUUCGUGGUGCAAGCAGCACACAGCGGGAAGACCUCCUCUCCACUCAUCCGGGGGUUGGCAGAGGAUGCCGCCACGCGGGCGAUUGUGGCUUACAGUGCACGCACGGGGGAGGAUCCCAAGAG